UAUUUUGUCACCUGAGCACAAAUAAUUAAGUCUGCUUGUUGCAGUAAGCUCGGUCGACCCUGAACCGCCAAGUUGCCGUAGAGGCCAUAUUGAUUUGCAACUGACAGAUGUCACGUGACCAAACCUCGGCUAGCAGUGUUGUGAAACCGACAUUUGCGGGCAGUGCUCUGCACGAAAUUAGAAUGAACCAGUACAAGGCCGAAGUUAUUGUAGUUGGAGGCGGACUUAGCGGUUUGUCUGCUGCCAAGUUACUGCGAGAACAAGGUAUUGAUGUUGUUGUCCUCGAAGCCAGGGACCGAGUCGGAGGGAGGACUUUCACUAUACAGAAUGACAAGGUCAGAUAUGUUGACCUUGGAGGGGCCUACGUGGGGCCGACACAAAAUCGCCUGCUGCGACUGGCGCGAGAGUUUGGCGUCAAAACGUUUCUCACCAACGAGGUUGAAGAUUUGGCCUUUUUCUCAAGGGGCAGUAUGAAGCGAUUCAAAGGCACAUUCCCACCAAUGGGAGGGCUGUUCUCGUGGCUUGACAUGAACAAUUUGUUUCGUACCAUCGACCAAAUGGGGGAAGAGAUUCCCCUGGAUGCCCCUUGGAGUGCUCCUCACGCAGAGGAGUGGGACAACAUGACGAUGCAGCAGUUUUUCGAUAAACAUUGCUGGACAAGAGCUGCUAACUCAUUUGGUCGUGAGUUUAUUGAGGUCAAUGUGACCUCGGAACCCUACGAAGUAUCAGCUCUGUGGUUUCUCUGGUAUGUUAAGGGAGCAGGUGGCUCCUUCCGGAUUUUCGGAACAACUAACGGGGGACAGGAAAGGAAGUUUGUUGGUGGGUCCCAGCAGAUUAGUAUUAAAAUGGCAGAGAAGAUAGGAAAUGAUCGUGUGUUGUUGAAUCAUCCUGUGUCAAAAAUAGAAAAUAAAUCUACAGAAGUCAUCGCACAAGAUGUCAACGGCAACAGAUACACCGCGAAGUAUUUGAUCGUGGCAUCCCCCUUGCCCAUCCAGAAUAAGAUCAUCUAUGACCCGCCAUUGCCAAGUCGACGUAACCAGAUGCUGCAGAGGGCGCCGAUGGGAUCGGUCAUCAAAACAUUCAUGUACUACAGCACACCAUUCUGGAGACGGAAAGGUCUGUGUGGGUCAUCAGCUAUCGAUGACGAGGAGGGGCUGGUGGGGUUCACCCUGGAUCACGUCAUGCCAGAUGGAUCACACCCAGCUCUAAUGGGGUUCAUCUUGGCUGACAAGGCAAGGAGGUACGUGGAGUUGACGCCGGAGGAACGGAAAUCCAGAAUAGCUCACUUAUACUCCAAAGUCUUUCAAACUGAUGAGGCAUUGCAUCCUGUGCAUUAUGAGGAGAAGGACUGGCUAGGGGAGCAGUGGUCCGGGGGAUGUUACACCACCAUGAUGCCUCCUGGGUACCUCACCAAGUUCGGCAGUGAUCUGAGGAAGCCCAUCGGCAGGAUGUACUUUGCUGGGACCGAGACGGCAACCAAGUGGUCCGGCUACAUGGACGGCGCAGUGCAAGCUGGGGAGCGGGCUGCCAGAGAGAUUCUCCACACCAUGGGCAAAAUCAGGGCUGACCAAAUCUGGCAGACAGAGCCAGAAGAUGCGGAAGUGAAACCACGGCCAUUCGACAGCUCCUUCUGGGAAAGAAAUGCUCCAUCAGUCCCUGGGUUGUUGAAACUUCUCGGCGUGACAACACUGUUAUCAGCCGCAGGGGCUGGAGGAUAUGCGUAUCACAAAUACUUCCGAUAAACCAACAACAAUGUGGUCGAAUCUACCCAUCGAAGCAAAACUGAACUGUCAUCACACCUCAGAUACAGCCGAAUCAGGGAUGGAUGCCACGUCCAAGCCAUCCGAUAUUGAUUAUUAGUCUUCAGGAAAGUACAACCUAACGAAUUCUACAAUAUUUUUAGACUUGUCUUACAUUACCAUCAGGAAGUUGAUCAUUUACACUCGUUGCCACUCGCCCCGUUCCAUAACCAGUCUGCAAGAAGACUCGUCCCCCUCCUAUUGAAGAAAGCUAUGUAUUAUGUAUGUAAUAAUUGACCAACCAAUCAGAAUGUGUGUAUGAUUGCAAGUACUUCAGUCAAAGAAUCCUUUUGGAAUUUUUGUAUUUUACACAUAUUGUGUACAUGUAUCUAAAAUCAUCCCUAAAAUACAGUUGUGCUUGAUCAUACUGUUUAUCAGUACAAGUGAGAUGUGUUUUAGAAAGCAGGUGUAAUAUUUAUGAUAUCUGGGGAAAUAUAUGUGAAACAUUACACGAGUUCACAAAUCUUUUAGCUAUACCUGUUUGAGCUCAGAUUGAACCCGUCACAAAAAUAGUCGUAAAAAAAUAUGGAGUUGCUAUUUGGGUUGUCUCGGAAAAAUAUGAGUUGGUCGCGAAAGUAACUUGGACUAACAAUAUAACUAGAAGCGUUUGUUUGUAUGACAUUCAGCUGGGCCAUGUAUCACUUUGUCAUGUUUAUUUGCCAAAAUAUCAUUGACCUGCCUCACUAUUUGAAAACAUAUGUUAAUGUAAACUUGCUAUUAUCAGCUCUGAUAUAAUCUGACUUAUAUUUCAAGGGUUGAAAUGGACUUCCAUUAAUCCAUAGUACAGUAACAUAAAAAUCAGUGCAUCAGUGCAAAUAUCCAUCAAUGUAAAAUUAUUAAACAAUAAAAUUUAGAUUAAAGCCAAAACAAACAAAUAUUUUGGUUUCCUAUUUCUGAACCUCCCCAAAUUUGGUAGAUAAGAUUACAUUUUUACCUUUUGUGUUUUGUUUGUGCACACAUUUAAUAAUCCAAUUCAGUUUAGUAAAUACAUACAAGAGUAAGUUGGAGAUCCUGAGGAAACAGGUUUUGGUUUAGGAGCUCCAAAUUGGGUGUGAGGGUUCCGGAUGUGGGUCACCAAUUCCAAAUUAAGUUUGGGAUUUCUGGAGUUGGGUAGGACCUCCAGGGUUGGGGGUUCGAGAUUAAGGGUGGGGAUAACAGAUUAAGUUCAGGAUUUACAGAGUAAGUUCAGGGUUGGUGACUCCAGAUAAGAAUAAUUCUGGAGACACUCAUGUUCUUUUGUCGAAUGCUUAUACUUCGAGGAGCAAGAUCAGAUUUGGAAUUUUUAAAAAUAAUAGUUCUAUUUGAUAGGAAUACAAAUCACCAUCUUUAACAUACCAUGCACUAAAUUCAAGAACUAAAGCGUCUUCUGAAUGAUUUCACUUCACACAGUUACUGGCUGAAAUGAAGAUGAGAUUCAUCUGAACAUAAUAAGAGAAUCUCAGUCUCAAAUAGAAACAGGCCUGCCUCAUUGGAAUAGCUUUGAUGUGUUCACAUGUCUUUAUUAAACGAAGCCAAAAUAUGUAAAAUGUCUGUCCCUCUUCAUACAAGAUCCUGGAUUUCAAAACACUUUUACAAGAUUUGCAGAUGAAACUUGACUCGUCUCCUUUUAAAAAAACUUUACCCAAAAUCAGCUUAUUUGACUUUGUGUUUGAGACUAAAAGCUUUUCUGGAGCUAUAGUCUUUCUAGGAUAAAACAAAUGUAUUGUUUAAGAUAAAACAAGUUUAUUGUUUUUCAAACAACUGUUGGAACCUGUUUUUAUGAUUUCUUAAGAAGAUGCAAUCAGUUUUACUUCCCUUAAAAUCUUAAAACCCAUAGUUGUUUUAAUAUCACUGUACAGAAAAUCCAGAAUAGACAUUUUCAAUGAAUUGUUACACAGUAGAAUAUUUUUGUAACUUUUCUAAAUUUUGUACCGCAAAAAUAGGAAAGACUAGCUCAUCUUCAGGUUGUGCUGUAUUCAACUGUCCAUGUUCAUAGAUAUAUUGAUAUUUUAAAGUUUGAGAAUUUCACAUUUGAAUGUUGUUGCGUGUAUUUUAUGUAUUGUUUUAGCAAAGUAUAGACAUUGUUGACUGUUGUUUAUGAAAAUCACUUUAUGAAACACCUCAUUAUUUGCUUGAAAGAAUAUGUUGUUUCUUUAUUCAUAAAGAUGUGGUAUCAGGUCAAAGGUGGUUGGAGAAAUAGAUUUUCACCAGUUAGCCAAAUUAAUUGAGAAGAUGGGGAUGAUGGGAUGAAUGUUCAGUUCAGUUUUAUGACAAGUAGUAUUUAGUUUCAGCAUAAAAAGAUGUUCUGAUGUUAUUUUUCAGAAACUUUAUAACGCAGGUUAUCCCAGAUGCUUCAAUUUGUAUUUGUUUCUUGUUUGUUUUGUGUUGAAAUCCAGCUGCAUUUUAGUGGUCUGUAAAUAAUCCAAUCUGGACCAGACAAUCCAGUGAUUGACGAGAGCAUCAUUCUACGAAACUUGACAUGAAUCAGCGUGCCUGACCAACCGAUCACAUUAGUCACCUUAUAACAAGCAAGGGUUACCGAAGACUAAACCCAGAACUUUACAGAUGCUCCACACAGUAAAGAAGAUAGCUUAAUGUGUAGCAUUAUUUUGAUCUCAAUCCAAGUGUAAAUCCUAUCAUUAACACUCUGGCCAGGAUAAAAUAAAAUAUCUUUGGAUUCUGCAAAAAUUAAACCUGAUGUAACGACGUCUUUGAUAGGCAUUUUUAGAAGUGUGACAAUUACGACUGCUAGUUGAUAUCUGUCUCGAUUCACAUCUACUUUUUGUUCAGGAAGUCACGUCAGUGAUGAAAGUGGUCAGAAUAAAGUUAUGUUUGUGUACAAAAUGGAUUGUAAAGUAAUUACCUUACUUAUUCAGAAUCUAUGAAAUCCAAUCACAACUUUUAUAGUAUUACAAUGGUUACCUGAAAAUUACACUGAUGCCUUUUCUGUCAUCUGUAAAAUUUUGUUCACUAAAUCAGUAAAUAAAUCAAUCUUAAGAAUGCCUGUUACCAUGGUAACUGCUUAUUUAAGUUUCAUUUGUAUGAGAUAUGGGGUACCUGGAGGUUGCAGCAUGGUUUUGAUAACUUUCUUUGAAGGACAACUAGAUCUAGAGAAAUUAUUUUGUAGACUUAGCAAAUUUGUUACAUUAAAUUUACUUUGGAAAUAAACGUUAUUUCACCUUGAA